UGUGUCCCAAUACCUCUCAGUCACUUUAGCAAAUCAUCGUGAAUGCUGCAUAUUUCACUCCUCCCCUUUUCUUGUAGCUACAUUUUUUUUUUAAAAAAACUUUCCUUCUCUUGGCCAUUGUACGUGAUAUUUUACUCCGUGAUCAUAGAGUCUUCGCCCUCUUCCCCUCAAUCGUCUUGGCUCAUUCAUCUGCCCUUUAUCCGCCUUCUCUGCCACCUCGUCUUCGAACCCUAUCUUUCUCUUCAUCCUCGGUUUUAACUUCAGCUCUCCUGUUUCUGUUGUAUCAUCUCCACACAUUCAUCGCGUGUGUAAUGGAUUUAUGUACCGUCGCGUGUUCAUAAUUUCCAGACUAUUGCUAGUAGCACCGUUUUCAUUUUUUCUAUCGCGUUCUUGUCCCGUUCUUUGCCGUGAUGGAAACCAUGGGGCAUUGGGCCUUGACUAGGUCCCCUACUCUGAAUAUCUGCGGUCUGGCCCUGGCAUCUGUGAG